GGGUGGACUCUCUCGAAAAAAAAAAAAAAAAACGCCGAAUGCAUGUGUUAGCAGCCCAGAGAAAGAAAGAGGAUAUUGAACGCAAGGGGAAGGGAGGAGCAGACAGAAGCAAAGAAAAAGGCAUAUGAACUAAACGCUAAAAGAAUGAAAAGCGCGUGUGCCGUAGCGAGGGGGAGGUGUGCGCUUGGCUGGCUCCGACUACAUAGAUCUCCAAGCUGGAUCUGAUGUGUAAACCGCAAUAGAAAGGACGCGCGACAACAAGAGGACCGCUUCUACACUAGGAUUUCUAUUACCGGCAAGCUUUUCACAUGCGACUUACUGUUUUCUGCCCUCCUCGGACAUUUAGGAUCAUACUGUUUGCAGAGUCACAUCAGUGGAUGGCCUCAGAAGUGGAGGCCAGAUGGAAAUUGGGUCACAUGACCGCCUCCAAGAAGGCGCACCAAGCCUGAAUUUGGCCAAUGGGGUGAAGCACUAUGCUAAUGAUGAUGAGGCGCCCAUGGAAGUGGAUCAGCAGAGGCAAGGCUGGGUGCCAGGGCCUGCCAAGGUCAGUGACAUCCAACAGCCUCCAAACUGGACCAGUCGACCUAACACCACCGGCGAAUCUAUCCACCACGCGAACAUAGAGGAUGCAUGCAAUCUGGUGGCUUUCUCUGCUACAGCUAGUUCCAGGCCAGCUUCCACCUCCACCCCUGUACAGCAGAACACCAGCCAGUUAUAUGAGAAAUUCACCCAGGAAAUGGGCGAGGGGGGCCAGGUGGGACUGUCUGCUGGGGCUGCGAAGGGAAACUGCCAAGCCCCAGACGACCUGGACACUCUACAAACCGCUCUGAGCCAAGCCAAACAUGGACACAAGCCCCCGAACUGCAACUGCGAUGGGCCUGACUGUCCCGACUACCUGGAGUGGCUGGAGAAAAAAAUCAAGUUGGCAACAAAUGAAGAUCAGGCUCCAUGCAACAAAUCCAGUGCACAUACUCAGCCGAUGAAUGGCAGCAGUGGGUCCUCUAUUUUCCCACAACAACAACAGGGAAGUAAUCCACAGCAACGCCCAGGCCCAAAACCGCCCAUCCCCUGCUCCCCACAGGUGCUGUCCAUAGCCAAGGAGAGGAAUGUAAGUCUACAGACAGCCAUCGCAAUUGAAGCCCUCACACAGUUAUCUGGUACUGGUUCUCAGGCUACCAGCUCUCCAGGCCACUACAACAAUAACCUCCACCAAAACAACCUCCAAAACCACCCCCCAAAUGGGCACUUCUUCUCCCGUUCUCAGUCCGUCCCGCCUGGACUUCAUGCGGCCCAGUCUAUCCCAGAUCAGAGGCCGCAGUCCCAAGGGCCGCCUCCUCAUGCUACCCCUCUUCGGUCCUCUACCUCGCCGUUCCCGGGUCAAGGGAAACCUCCGGGAUUUAACCCUCACCCUCAGCAUCCCCAGCACUGGCAGCAGGGUACUGGCCAUGGAGAACAGAGGAACAUGUGGAUGGGCAACAGCCAAGACCCCAUGUCAGAGCUUAAACAACUGCUUGGUGACAAUAGUGGAAAAUUUAACAGCAUCCCCUUUAGACUCCCAGUUCAGCAGCAGCAAAACUUGAAUCAAAAUGUGAAUAAUAAUCAUCCCCAAAACAACAUAGCAUUGGAUAAGAUAAAGAAAGAGCCAGAUUCUAACGAGCACUACCCUAUUGAUCCUUAUGGCAUGGCUAAUGGUCAGCCGCACUACCCUGGGAUGCCCCUGUCUCCGAACCAAGCAGCCAUCCGCCACUCCACUCAGGCAGCUCUCCAACAGCACCUUCACUACAAAAGGAACCUCUUCUCCAACCACUCUCCAGGCUUUGCAAGCUCACGUGCACCGAACACUUGCCAAAACUUGAAGAAAUGGUGGCCGCAGAUGGACCCGCAAGCCAUGACGCAUAUGGCAAUUAAACAAGAACAUAAAGAACCUAAAAGGAGGAAAAGCAUGCAAGGAUCUCCUAUUAUAAACCCAAUGGGUGGCAUGCUUACACCGCCACCACCUAAGCCCAAACAAAUAGUUAUCAAGAAAAAUAAGCAGAAAGCGUCCAUGCCCCUUUUCAUGCCACAAAGUCAAAUAUCAGUGCAAAAGCCACUGACUUUUAGCCCAGUACAAACCGGAUUGCACCCAGGCACCCUCCCCUCGCUGCCCCUUCUUGGUGGCCCCCUCCCAGCUGCUAUGAUGCCCCCUGCACCAGCCCAAUCUCAGGUACCCCAGUCCUUAGUGACCCAAUCUUCUACAAAUUCAGAAAACGCAGCAAAUUUGACUAUAAAAAGUGAAGCCCAGUGUAACACCAGCACCCCUACAACAUCCACUACUCAACCAUCAUCACUUUCAAAUCUAAUCAGUAUUGACCCUAAGUAUGAAGAGCUUAUCCGUCAAUUUGAGGCUGAAUUUGGGGGUUCGGAGGAUCCUGGAAAUCAACCAGUGGAGGAGAGUGCAAAUUCUCAAACAAACCAGUCCCAAAGUCAAAAUGAAAGCCAAGCAUCAAUGUCUACCAACCAAUCCAAUUCUUCAACUCACGAUCAGAAGAUGGAUAUGAAGGAGUCAGGAGACCAAAGUAAAGGAAGUGGUGAUGCCCCAAUGGAGGAGCAGCGUGAAAGGGCUGUGUGCACCCAGCCUAUACACCAGGAAGUAGAAAGGAUGCAGCAGCCAAUUCCCAGCGAGGAUAAGUUCUGUAUGCCCUGCUCCCCUUUCCCAAAACGCAUGAAGUUUGAAUCAUCUGGGGAUAUAUCGGUGCUCUCCACAACAUGCUACUCAGAAGACAACACCCCGACCAAGGAUUUUCCAGCAUCUCCAUCUCUCAAAGGGUUCCUCGAGUCCCCACUGCGAUACCUAGACACCCCCACAAAAAAUCUGCUCGACACCCCCUCCAAAGACCUACAGGCGGAGUUCCCAACAUGCACUUGUGUUGAGCAAAUCCUGGAGAAAGAUGAGGGUCCAUACUACAAUCAUCUCGGAGCAGGUCCCACUGUGUCCUCUAUUCGGACCCUGAUGGAGUCCAGGUUUGGACAGACGGGGGAAGCUAUUCGUAUUGAAAAGGCGGUGUACACGGGCAGAGAAGGAAAGAGCUCAAGAGGAUGCCCUAUUGCUAAAUGGGUGAUCCGUCGGGGCAGUGAGAAGGAGAAACUGCUGUGUCUGGUUCGGCAGCGCCCAGGACAUCACUGUGACAAUGCUGUCAUCAUCAUCCUCAUCCUAGCCUGGGAGGGAGUGCCCAGCCUAAUGGCUGACAAACUGUAUCAAGAGAUCUCAGACACACUCACCAAAUACGGCAACCCCACCAGCAGACGCUGCGGCCUCAACGAUGAUCGUACUUGUGCAUGUCAAGGCAAAGACCCAGAUAAGUGUGGAGCUUCCUUUUCCUUUGGCUGCUCCUGGAGUAUGUACUUUAACGGCUGUAAGUACGCUCGGAGUAAAGUCCCUCGCAAGUUCAGGCUCCAAGGAGAUCACCCUGCAGAGGAGGAUAAUCUCAGGGAUAAUUUCCAGAAUUUGGCGACUGAAGUGGCUCCAUUGUACAAGCGCUUGGCACCUCAAGCCUAUAGUAACCAGUGUCUGACUGAGUCCAAGGCUCCGGAUUGCAGACUGGGAUUGAAGGAAGGCCGGCCAUUCUCUGGAGUGACUGCAUGCAUGGACUUCUGCGCUCAUGCCCAUAAGGACCAGCACAACCUCUACAAUGGCUGUACUGUGGUGUGUACGUUGACCAAGGAGGACAACAGAAAGGUGGGGGAGAUCCCAGAGGACGAACAGUUGCAUGUUUUACCUUUGUACAAGAUCUCCCUCACUGAUGAGUUCGGCAGUGAAGAGGCUCAGCGAGCUAAAAUGAAGACGGGAGCCCUCCAGGUGCUUCAGGCAUUUCGACGUGAGGUGCGGAAACUGCCUGAACCAGCCAAGUCCUGCCGUCAGCGCCGCCUUGAGGCCAAGAAGGCAGCCUCUGAGAAGAAGAAGAACAAACUUCUGCAGCAGACAGGGGAGACCCCAGAGAAGGCUGUGGUGAAGACUGAGCUCAGGGUCGCCAGCUCCCCACAACCCCAGGGAAAUAAAGCUGUCAUUAAGCAAGAGGUAAAGCCCAUCAUCAAGAAGGAGCCUUUUAACGGAUCAUUGGAUGGAUACCCUGUGCAGUCUGCAGAAGCGUUUUACCCACACACAGCAUACUAUGCAAGAGGGGGCCUCCCUUCAACGGGCCAGCCCUCUGCCCCCGACCCGGUCAACGGAUACCACCCCAAUCUGCCAAUGCACUACGGCUACUACAACUGUCCACCCAAUGCACUUUUCCGUCCCAAGAUCAGGACCUAUGAGGGGCGAAAGGCUGCUCAAGUGGACAACAAGCCUGACGUCCAGAGUCUCCAGGCCUGCCUCAGUCACCCUGAGCAGUCAAACGUCCCCAACAACAGCGCUUACACCCCAAACACGGAGUACCAGUCCCGGCCCUCAUCAGUGUCCUCUGAGCACAGAGCCACUCCCCUUAUCAAACAGGAGCCUAUGGAUGUCCCAGUCCAUGACGGGGUAAUGUCGAGCCCUGCUGGAGGUAACACCCCCAGCACUACCCCACAGCCCAGUGCAUGGCCUGGACACAAGCUCAAUGGAAAUAUUGUGGCCCCAAAUCUAAACUCUAAACAAAGUCUAGAAGCCUCAAUGUUGAGCCAAGACCACAAGCAAUUUCACCAGCACCCUCAGCAGCGGGCCUCUCCGUUCCCCCAGCAGUGGUACCCAGGCUCCAACACCCCCAUGGGCUCCCCGGCCCCCUCUCCCCUGCAUGUCCCACCACCUCCCGUGCCCUCGCCCCAACUUACCUCAAUGCAUCACCACAACAUGCACUCAGCCUCUCCCCGGCCCACCACUCCACGCCCCACCACCCCACGCCCUACCACCCCUCACCCAGGAACACCUCAGCCUGCCAUGGCAAACUCAGGCCCUGUACCAUCACAGCCAGGCACUCCCACCCCUGGCCCCCCCAGACCCUGGUCCAGACCGUCCCCCAGUCCACAGCCCAACCCUUGGGCCAUGGCUCCAGGAGGCUACAGUCCAGUCAUCAAGCACAACAAUCCCAGCGGGGCCUACCCCGACAAGAUGUGGACUGAGACUGGGGAGAGGUCCUCCACACCCCUGGGCCUACAGGAGAAGGCCUGGAAGUCCUGUGGGGGUUCAGUGGCCAGCGCGACCCCCUCCCCUGCCCCAGAGGGUCGGUUGUUUCCUGAUGCACUACAGCAGACAGAGCAAGCUUGUUGGGGCCGCGGCCAAGAGAGCGACGUGGAGAGCUGCAAAGAGCGUGAGGAGGAGGACGACGAGGUGUGGUCCGACAGCGAGCACAACUUCCUGGAUCCGAACAUCGGAGGGGUGGCUGUGGCACCUGCUCAUGGCUCCAUCCUCAUCGAAUGUGCUCGGCGAGAGCUGCACGCCACCACGCCCCUGAAAAAGCCCGACCGUACCCAUCCCACGCGCAUCUCCCUGGUCUUCUACCAGCACAAGAACCUGAACCAGCCCAUGCAUGGCCUGGCUGUGUGGGAAGCCAAGAUGAAGCUGCUGGCUGAGCGAGCACUGCAGCGGCAACAGGAGGCCGCGCUGCUGGGACUGUCCCAGGACGACAUUAAGGCCCUUGGAAAAAAGCGAAAGUGGGGGUCCACGAUGCCAGGGGCCAGUCCGGGGCCCGGGCAGAGUAAAGACAAGAAAGAGGGCCCCGUGACGCGGUUAGCGCCUACAUUCCACACCACUUCCAUGGUGCAGGUGUCUCCGUAUGCCUUCACGCAGCUCACAGGGCCCUACAGCCGCUUUGUCUAGAGACACCUUCACGGCCCCUCUGCGGGGGGACCUUUUAUUGUUUUACCUCAUGUCAGGCAGUGGCUUCUGCCUUUGGUGCUCUUCCUCUCUCUUCCCUCUGAGAGGAACUCCAUUGCUUUUUCUUGUUUAUAGAAUUUUAAUGAUUCUAAUUAUUGCUAUUAUUAUCAAUAUUAUGAUUGCUAUUGUUACGGUCAUUGUUGUUAUUACAGCUAUUAUUAUUAUAAUGAAGACCUGUUUGUUUUAUUAUUGCUGUUUUCAUUAAUGUUAUUAAUGAUGUGAUUUCUUUAGUUUAUAUAUUUUUUUAUCAAUCAGUCUGACCAAUCAAUCUCAGACAAUUGUUAUUUCCUUGUUUGGAAAAUAUGUGCGCUCUUUUAGGGUUAUUUUUAUUAUUUUGAUGUCAAAUUUAUGGCUGUACUCUGAGGAGGAACAUUCAUCUGCCUGGCAGGACACGUGUCUCAAAUAAUUACUGUUGGACGAAUAGCAAAACUAUUAUUAUUAAGAAUUUGCCAAACUGGCAUCAUGUCUUUAUAUUUUAAAACAGAUCACAUUUUAGCUACCAGCAUCAUCAUCUUUCUGGAGAAUUUUAAUCAUGACAACUGUUUUUAACUGUAUGGUUUAUAGUAUAGUAUGGUGUUUUGGACUGUUUGUUUUUGCCUCACAGUGAAGCGUUCCUCCUCCACUCUCCAACUCUCACUGGUGCUCCACUUCCAGCUCUGAUUAAUUUCUCAUUCCACUGCUUCUUGGCACUUGAUGCUGUACUUUGGUGCUCAACACAAAUCUGGUUCAAGUGUUUUAAAUGUCUCUUUACAGUAGAAGAAAUACCAGAACAAGAUGUUCCAACAUGCAUCUUAUACUUCUAUUUUCUGGUAUUCACUCUAUUGAAAGACAUUGUUUUAAAGUGCUAUAUGUCCAAUAGGUGCUUUUAUCACAGAGGUGAAACAGGCGGCUCUGUAUUUCUUCCUAUUCAAGUCCUUGUGAGCACUUGCUAGUGUGAACUCUAGAGGGCAGCAACGCCUUUUCAAAGUGUGCUGUACAGACAAACCAUGCACUUGCUUCCACCCAAGCCCCUCCACAAGCCGUAAACCUUGCUGCAUUUACACCUGUUUACCAGCAGAGGGGGUGGCACCUGUUAAAUCCUAUUCAGAAAGUGAAGUGUGCAGUGCUGGUGUUGCUCCUACACACUAUGGUGCUCUCCUGGCACACUUGAUCUCUGCGUGGUGCUGUCAUCCUAACACAGAGUCUGCCAAUCAGAAAAGCUAACCUAUAGAUCCUCUUAAGGGGAAACCAACAUGGCUGCAAGCGCAUUUGAGUGCAAACAAGGAUCCCUGCAUUAAAUAAUACUUUUAAUAUGGAUUGAAAACAACCAGACAUUUUGUUAUUCGAAAAUGUGUUUAUAUUUUUGCACAUGUGUAAAAAUAUAAUGACAGUUAUAAUUGUCACUAUAAUGCACUUGCAGCUUGUUCAUCUAUAGGUCUGUUUGUGUGCUCUACUCUGACCUUGUGAUGCUCUAUGUAAGAACAGCUGUGAUAAUAUGUACUAAGGGAAAUUUACUGUAUUUUAUGAAAGUUGGCGCCAAAAGGCAGUGAAUCAAUGAAUCUCUCCUUGUGUGUUUGUGUGUUUGUGUGUGAAUGUACAAAGAGCCAAAGAGAGAGCCUAUUUGUAAAAUCUGGUUAAGGGUCACAGUAUUUUCUCAUUUUCAUUUUAAGACCUAUGUAGCACUGUGCUAAAAUCUUGCAAGUUGUCAAGAAGGGCAUGUGAAAUGUACAAUACCCCUUAAAAAUUCUAAUUAGGGCUGGACAAAAUUUGAGUUGCUGCAAUUAUCAAAUCUGAAAAGGCUGCAGUUAUUUAGAUAGUAAAAUAUCCUCUACAAAUAAUAAAAUACCCUGUAUUUUUUAUGUUACAUAUUAAUGCUUUUUGAGUUGUUAAUAAUGUGCAAUUUGAACAGAGUCUUUCUUUAUAAACAUAUAUUGCAAAUCUAAUUGCAAUACUUGUAAUUGGACUUUUCACCAAAACCUUGCAGUCCUAAAUUACAUUAUCAUUGGGUUAAUCUUGUGCUACUUUUUCCUAAAAUCUUAAUAUCUCACAUUUUGCACAGUGCAGUGUAAAUUCUUAAAAGUGAAAAUGAUUAAAUUGACCCUUAGCUGUUGAGUGGUUGUUCGGAUCAUGCCCUUGGUCCAGUCCGAGGCCUUUGGGGUUUCCAGCUCUCUACCUCACGCUGUAGAGACACUGGUCACAAUCACAGCAUGCUACUGAGGGCAAGGUAAUGUUCUUUCAGUCAUGUCCUCCCAAUCUCCACACUCAUUUUAAACUUUUUUUUUUUACUAUUUAUUAUGACAUGGUGAUGAAAAUGAUUGUCUUGUUUUGUUUUUAUUUAGUUUUUUUCAUUUUUAUACAGCUAAUACAAAUUGUACAUAGAAAAGAUUUAUAAAAGCACUUUUAAUCUUGAUUUUAAUGAAAAAUGAAAGAGCCGAUAUUUGACAACUUGAAGCCUAGUUUUUGUUUUGUUAUUCCUGCUAUUAUUUUCUCAAGAGAGAGAUACAAAUGUAAAUAUUAAAAUAUUUAGGUAAGAUUAUUUAACUGGUGAUGGUAGUAACUAAACCAUGAAUGACUAGGGGAUAUUGGCAGCCGUCAACCACACUUGGUACCAGUGCGUUGUAUCCAUUAUUAUAUAUACACUGAUGUUCUGUUUCAUAUUGCCUGCCCUGUCAGCAUGACCACGCCCCCUCACUGUCCCAAAACAAAUAGUUUACCCAACUUAUUUCACAUUAAAAGUCAUCUUUUAUGCUUUCCACUUUUUUUAAUAGUGAUUUUUGGUUUUGUACAAUGUCUCAAAUAUGUACCUCUCAAAACACAUGACCUUUGUAAAGUUCAGGAAAAGACGUGACUAUGUAUGGGAACACUAUUUUAUGACUUACAAGAGACUGGUGCUUUUUUGUCCACUUUGGGCCUAGCUAUGGUUGGCUAAUCUUGAUAAAAUUGCCAGUAAAUAUGAAGUGUACCAGUAGAUUUGAAUUGGCCAUUAGGAUGGAAAAUGUUCAUGGUCACUCUCUAGAAAAGUGCAAAGAUCAAGUUGCAAAUAGACAAAUUCUAUCUUAAGCAUAAUAGAUGACCUUUAACACCAUGUCCCAUUAUCUAAAUAUGAAUUUUAAAAACAUGUUCUGCCAUUAACUGUUAACUUAUUCAAGCUGAUUUUUGCAUCCCUUUCAGACAAUGUGCCACUUGUUUUAUUAUCUGCACUUAAUUAAUCAGAAAUUGCAGUAAUUGGACCCUUUCCAAUCAUGCAUCUGGAACUAAUUGAUAUUCAGUGAAGCCUGUUUUUACCCACAAUGCAUCAGUAUACUUCACAUACAAAAUCAUGGGUGCUAAUAUUACUGAAGAGGACAUCUCAAGUUUCAAAUAUUGUUCUUAUGUAGGAGGUCUGGUGCUACACAACGCUACAUUUUAAAUUUCACUGUGUAUAUUUGAAAAAAGUUAGGAAUAAAAAAAAUAUCACAAAUAUUUUUCUGAGCGCUGAGAAUGUCAAAAUUAUACUUUUUGGACAGCUUUCUAUACAGGAAGCUAUGCCAUGGUGCUGACUUUGUAAAAACUUUAAAAAAAAAAUUUGUUACAACGCUACAAAUCAUCUUACACCUUCUGUUUGCAUUUAGGGGGGUAUCAGUAGAAACAUACUGUACUUGAAGACAUUUAAACUAGGAAAAAUACAUAUAUGAAGACUGUUAUGUUGUGGACGGCUCUAGAAACCUCCCUGUUCUAUACAUUGUACCGCUUUCCGAUUGCUAUUUCCAAUAUCACAUUAAUGGUAUACUGCCUCCCCAAUCUGUUUCCAUAGAUAUGCACUUGUACAUUUUGCCUUUUUCACUCACUUUCACUGAUUAUUUUUGCAUCUUAGAAAUCUUUAAACUCUAAAUCUGACUUGAGACCCAUAAAAAGUGGUGAACGUAAACAACUGGCAGCUACACUUGUUUUUAAGUUUUAGGGUUUGUUUUUUCAUGUCAAGGAUGCAGUAUGUAAAAAGUGGUUCUGUUCAGUCUCUCUCUUUGUAGCUGUAUGGUGUAACAUGUGAAUACAUAGUGUAUGUGGUUAAAAGACCACAAUAUUGUUUUAUGUUGCGAGAUCAAUAAAAAUGUUGAAGUGAAAA